CAUGACGAAUGACGUUCUACUCUGCUAUCUGCUAGGCUACUUUCCCUGCAAUGACAGUCCAAAAGCAAGCCGGGCUAACGUCAGUUAAACAUAUUAGAACUAGCAUUGUGCGGUUCAGUUGACCUGUUACAUAAUACAACUUUGCUUGCAAGUCCUUGGAGUAGUAGGCGGUCUUGUACUUUUGAUUACAAAACCAUAGGACGGAGAAAUGCUGUCGGACAACCACUUUCUCCUGCUGUGAUUGAAAUGAUUUAACGCUACAUGGCAGCUACCUAGCUGGCUAGUUUACCGAACCUGUAUAAAGCGUGAAUGCUACAAGGCGGUCACUUUCACACAGAUGGAAUAAGUGCACGCAACUAACACACUAUUUCCUGGUAAAAAUAUACGGCUUGUUUAUUCUACUUGACUUAUUGCAGUUAACUAACAGUAGCUUGUAUACCACCACCCUUGACUCCUAAGGCAGCUAGCAUAGCUGACGUAAUAGCAAUAUUUAGCUAGCCAAUUAGCUAAGGUAGCCACAGAGUUGGCGAAGCUGUCAAGUUAGUUGUAGCGUUACAGCUAGCUAAAAUUACUUGAAACGGUAUUAUACACUAUUGUUGGAUCAAGUCUACUAGAUGGCCUUUUCUUUAGCCGCUCGUCGGCUACCGAUGGGAGUACGAACAUUCAGUGAUUUUAUCGAAAUUGUGACACUUGGCUCGACCCAUUCCAGAUCUUCAAGCGCAAGGGUCCUACGGAACCAACCUAUCAGAUACCUAGCAUCAUGUGGCAUCCUUAUGACAAGACACCCAGGACUGUUGUACCAUUUAGACAGAAACCCAACUGUCAUACCUCCAAGCCGAACUUUCUUCAGUCUGACCAAUAAAAGGAAACAGUACUCAGAGCGCAGAAUUAUUGGCUACUCCAUGCUUGAGAUGUAUGAGGUGGUGUCCAAUGUGGAUGACUAUAAGCACUUCGUCCCUUGGUGCAAGAAGUCCCAGACCAUCAUGAAGAGGGCCAGUCAUGCUAAGGCCCAUCUGGAGGUGGGCUUCCCUCCCGUAGUGGAGAAAUACACAUCCAUGAUCACCAAUGUCCGGCCUCACCUGGUCAAGGCUAUAUGUACAGAUGGCAAACUCUUCAACCACCUGGAGACUAUAUGGAGGUUCAGUCCUGGUCUUCCAGGGUAUCCCCGAACCUGCACCGUUGACUUCUCUAUCUCCUUUGAGUUCCGGUCCUUGCUGCACUCACAGCUGGCCACCAUGUUCUUCGAUCAGGUCGUCAAGCAGAUGGUGGUGGCCUUUGAGCAUCGCUGCGGCACGCUCUACGGGCCAGAGACGCGCAUCCCCCGAGAACUCAUGUUCCACGAGGUGCACCAGACGUGAGCCCUGUACGGGACCUACUACAACAUGGGCACUCUCGUGUGUGGCUGUGUAGAUGUGUGUGUGUGUGUGUGUGUGUGUGUGUGUGGUUGUUGUUGUUAUUGUUGUUGUGUGUGUGUGUGGUUCUUGCCUCUCUGCAUCAUGUCUCUCAUCAUCUGCAGCAGCAACAGCUGCCAACACUACUGCAGUAACUGGAUCACAGUUUUGUGAGACACUGCGAGAUCCGUGCUGACUAACUGAGACUGAAAAGCACCCAGCACGGCAGAUGAACAUCCCCUCUCCUGCAGAGAUGACAUAGUGUUGCUUCCAUGCACGCUUGUACUUUAGCUGUUCUAUUUAUUGAAGCUGACAAAAAUGUUUUAAGCCACAUUUAAAGAGGAGUGAAUAUAUAUAUAUAUAUAUAAUAUAUAUUUAGUUCUAUAUACUUAGUUAGUCACAUAUUUUGGGGGCGUUUGCUGGGUUUGAAUAUUGGGCAUGGAAUGGACAAUGGACAUUUUUGGAUGUGUUCAGUUUGGGCUUUUACAUUUUUUAAUUACAUUUCAUGUUUUAGGUAAUGUGCCUAUCUCUACUUGGACUUAAAGGAAGUAGAGUGAAGAGCCGUAUUAAGACAAAAGUGCAAUAACUUCACCUAAACAGAAACACUCUUUUCUCCAAACACAUUGGUCUGAUGUAGUUUAUUUGCAGGUAUUCUGUUAAACCUUGUGGCCUAAUUCUGUGUUGCACAUUUCAGUGUAAACUGUGAAGGAGAUUGUGUAUGGUUACACCUUUACUUAAAAGAUUCAUGAUAUAAUAAAAAAAAGAGAAAAAUACUCCACAAAUAUUAUAUACUAUUUUGCAUCUAUACUGGGUUUAUUUUUUUAUGUUUUUUUUUUUAAUUUAGAUUAUGACUAUAUUAUUUAAUAGAAAUGAAACAUUUUGUAAAGGUAUUGUGUUGGAGGGAUUCACUAUUUUUAUUCAAAAUAAGUCUUGGAGUAAAACAUGUUAUCUAAGCGCGUGUUCAAACUGCUUGUUUGAAAGGUCAAGUCAUUUUUUUUCUCUCCACAGCAUCGAGUUACAAGUAGAAUAUAGUAGUGUGAAAACGAGUGUGUGUGUGCAUCUGGGGGUGUCUGCAUGUGUGUAGGUACCUGUGUGUAGGUACAAAAUAGCUUGUAUUGUUUUCCGUGGCCAAAGAGUGUGUUAGAACAAUUUGAGAGAAUUUUUAAAUUUGCCUAUAUUUGUGCCAGUUUGCUACAGAAAGGCUGUGUGUCUGUGAGUGACUGAAGGAGAGACUGUGUGUUUUUGUGUGAGAAUGAAAGAGUGAGUGAGUGUGUCAGAUUAUAGAUAUGUAUAUUAUCUAUGUAUAUGUAAGUCACUCUCUGUACAUCCUCCUGUGGUCCAUGGUGGAAAUGGAGUCUUUAUCUUUUAUAUUUUGGAAGGAAAAGGUAACGCAUAAUGUGAACUCUUGUUGGAUGUGACCUGACAGGUGCCAUGAAUGGCGGUGAUGUGCUGCUAAUAAAGAUGAUGUUUCAUGAA